AUGUUUAACUCGGUCAACCUCGGGAACUUCUGCUCCCAGUCGCGCAAGGAGCGGAGCGGCGACUUCGGGGAGCGAGCAGGUUGCGCUUCCAACCUCUACCUCCCUAGCUGCACCUAUUACGUCCCCGAAUUUUCCACCGUGUCAUCCUUCCUGCCCCAGGCCCCGUCUCGCCAGAUCUCCUACCCUUACUCCGCCAACCUCUCCCAAGUGCAGCCCGUGCGGGAGGUCUCCUACGGGCUGGACCCCUCGAAUAAAUGGCACCCUAGGAGCAGCUACGCCUCGUGUUACUCCGCCGAGGAGCUGAUGCACCGGGACUGCCUCCCGCCGGCCACCAUGACCGAGAUGCUGAUGAAGAACGAGAGCGCCUACGGCCACCACCAUGCCCCCGGCACCAACCCCCCGGCGCCCACCGGCUUCUACUCCGGCGGGAACAAAAACAGCGUCCUGCCGCAGGGCUUCGACCGCUUCUUCGAGAACGCCUAUUGCGCGGCCGAGAACCCGCCGGAGGGCUGCCCGCAGAAGCCCCCGAGCAAGCUGGAGAGCGACGCCGAGCCCGCCGCCCUGUCAUCCCGCGGCGAGCAGGGCGUCGACCCGGAAGACGAGGAGGAAAGCCCCAACCCGGGCUCGGCAGCCUCUGCGUCCUCGGCCAACAAGGACGCCGGCAAAGCCAGCGGCGCCAGUGCCCCCCGUACGAGGAAGAAGCGAUGUCCCUAUUCGAAAUUCCAAAUCAGAGAGCUCGAAAGGGAAUUUUUCUUCAACGUCUACAUCAACAAAGAGAAAAGGCUGCAGCUGUCUCGGAUGUUGAAUCUCACUGAUCGGCAGGUUAAAAUUUGGUUUCAGAACAGAAGGAUGAAAGAAAAAAAACUCAGCAGAGACCGCCUGCAGUAUUUCUCGGGAAAUCCCUUAUUGUGA